UGUGUCAGAGGGAGGGAGGGGAGAAGGAAAGAAAGAAAGAUCCAGCCAGCUUUUGAAGGAGAAACGAAAGUAAGGCUUUCAGUACACUUCAGUCAGGCAGACACAAUGGCAGCUGAGGGUCCAGUCCAGAAUCUUUGUGAUGAAACGACUUGUUCUAUUUGCCUGGAGUACUUUAAAGAUCCAGUGAUCAUAGACUGUGGGCACAAUUUCUGCCGAGCUUGUAUCACUCAGUGCUGGGGUGAAUCUGGCACAGAUGCUUCCUGCCCUCAGUGCAGAGAAAUUGUUACUUCAAAGAACUUCAAGCUGAAUCGUCCGUUGGCAAGUAUUGUUGAAAUAGCCAAGAAAUUCAGCCUCCAAAUGGCCAAAGGUGCAGAAGCACUGGGAAAGGUUUGUGAGAAGCACCAGGAGCCCCUGAAACUCUUCUGUGAAGACGAUCAAGCCCCCAUCUGUGUGGUGUGUGACAAAUCCAAAGAGCACAGAGAACACAAGGUGAUUCCUAAAGAGGAGGCUUUCGAAGAGUAUAAGGGUAAAAUUUUGAGCCACUUGGAGUUUCUGAAACAAGAGAGAGAAGCUAUUCUGUCUUUUAAACUCAGUGGGGAGAGUGAAGGCCAGAAUUUCCUGGAGCAGACAGAAACCGAGAGGCAGAAAAUUGUGGCUGAAUUUAAGCAACUGCACCAGUUUCUGGAAGAACAGGAAUGCCUCCUGUUGGAUCAACUGGAUGCUCUAGAAAAAGAGAUUAAAGAGAAUGGGAAUAGGUAUAUUGCCAAACUCUCUGAAGCAAUUUCCUCUGUCGACAACCUUAUUAAGGAGAUGGAGGAGAAACAGAAGCAGCCGGCAACAGAAUUCUUGCAGGACAUAAAAAACAUCUUGCAAAGGUGUAAUGAUGAGAAAUUUGUGAAUCCCAUCGCUUUUUCUCCAGAAUUAAAGCAACAAAUUGAGGAAUUCUCUGAAAUGCAUCCCUUUCUGGAGACAGUUAUGAAGGAAUUUCAAGGUACUGUGCUCUCUGGACCUCAGAAAGAAGUUAUUUUGCAAGAAUCUGCCAGUCUUAAACCUCAAGCAAAUCUUUCCAACACUGAAGAUGUGACAAUUCCCACACUAGUCCUAUUGAAUUAUAACGAAUUCAACCAACAGAGUCACCAAGUACAACAGAGUUAUUAUUACGGAUUUGGCCAAGCACAACAUCAUUAUUAUAAUAAGACACAACUUCACCAAGCACAACAGAGUUAUUCGAAUGGAGAACCCAUCCAAUUAUGUUGCUCAUCUUGCAUUCUGGGAGUAGAGAGAAUAACCUCAGGGUGCCAUUCCUGGAUGGUGGAGGUGGGGGGUGAAAAAUUCUGGGCUGUGGGGGUGGCCACAGAACAUUUAAGGGGAAAGGCCGACAUACAUUUGAGCCCUGAGAAUGGGAUCUGGGCUGUGGGGAAAAUACGGGGAACAGAUUGGAAUACCCUAUCCAUUACUGAGACAUAUUAUGCAUUCACUUCUCAUGGAACAUAUCUAGGCCAAAACCCUGAUCUAAGCAAGUGCAGGAAGCUCAUAGAUUGGUGUGGUAUAUAUGAUGAGAGUAUGAAGCCAAGAAAGAUCUGUGUGUCCCUGAACUAUGAGGAGGGAUCUGUGACCUUUUUUGAUGCUGUCAACAAGGCCACCAUGUUUACUUUCAGCAAUGUCUCAUUCUCUGGGCAGAAAAUCUGCUUCUGGCUCAGUGUGGGAAAGUGAGAUAAAGAUGCCAUUCCCAGCACAACUACAGGUGAUAGCAGUGAAACCUCGCUUUGGUCAUGUCAAACCCUUAUAUGAGGUGGGCGGUGGGGAGAUUAAAAACACAGCUGGAGUGCAUAGCAGGAGCAGCAAGCACCCCAUCCAUAUUUUCUUCCUAAAAUUGCUUCUUCCCAACUAUUUUUCCAUGAUUGGUUACUUCAAGUUGCGAGCCCCAGCAGGAAAACAAUAACUGUGAAGAAGCAAGUUCGGAAGUGUAUGUUUGGGAAGAAGGCCUUUCCUAGCCAUGCUAAGCUUUAUGGACCCCCCCCCCCCAAUCUUUAUAGGAUAUUGGCAGAUUCUGACAUACAGUACAAUCCUGCUGCCAUCACAUCUGGUUUGACUGUCAGUGUCAAGACAACCUACCCCACUGAAUGAUCUUGGUAUCCUGCAUGGGGAAAAGCAGAAGAAAAUCACCAAGAGGUUUUACACUCAGGGUUUCUACCCCGAAUGAGCUACAGAAGAGUGUGUGUGUGUUCACACACCAGCCAAACUUACCUCGAAGUCCCUUUGAGAUUCUUGGACCCACUCCACACACAAACCAGGCUUUGUGAUGCGAAUUCUAGCUUAUCUCAACGUAUUUCUGGGUUUUUAAAAUGCUGGUUUAAAGCUACUUUUUCUGAAAAUGCUGGAGCAAAUGGGAGAGGCACUGACAUAGAAUCAUUAGCAUGAUAAGAGGCAUGCUCUGUUCAUAAAUGCAGAUCUAGCUCUGUAGGGAGCUCUUCCUCCCCACCCCGCCCAUUGGCUAGAAGGAAAACACGGACCCAUGCCAUGUGACCUUGUUUCAAAAGAAAACCGAGAGCAGAGGUGAGGGACUGCUUCCCUCAAUGCCACAAGUGUAGUUUGAAGUGGCUUCGAUCAACAUUUACCCUGAAGCCUGAGGCCAAGUGCAAAUAACUCCCAGCAGCAACCCCCCCUCCCCGAUAUGCAUUGUCCUGAUUAAGCAGCUUUUAAUAGUUUUUAACAUUGUGUCAAAUUUUUAAUUAUUUUUAUGUUGACACAUUUUUAUUUUGUUUCAAUUUGUAUUGUUUUAUUGUAAACCACCCAGAGACGUAGGUUUUGGGUGGUAUACAAAUGUGUUAAAUAAACAAGCAAGCAAGAAUAGCUGUGAACAUAUGACUCUUGUUAUGGAUAAAUGGCAACCUUGGCAAGGUUCCAGUUUUGUCCUUUUGUAAAAACCUGCAUUUCUAAAUAAGAUCCAAACAUUAAUUGAA